AUGACAACAAACAAUCAUAUAUUUGAUGUAAUAAUAAUUGGAUGUGGUCCAGCUGGUAUUGCUGCUGGAAUUGUAUUCGAAAAAAUGAAAUCAAAUAUAGAUUAUCUUAUAUUAGAAGCACGAGAUAGAAUUGGUGGUAGAGCAUUUACAGAUAUAACAACAUUUGGUGAAAAUAUUCCAAUUGAUAUAGGUGCUCAUUAUAUUUGUCAUCAUGAAUCAGAUAAUUUUUUACGUAGUUAUUAUAUUUCAUCAAAUGAAGAUUUUAUUGAAUCUGAUAUUUAUAAUCCAUUAACUAUGAAAAUUUUUGAUGAAUAUGGAAAUAUUAUUUCUGAUGAAUUUAUUAAUAAAGCAAUGAAAAUAAUUGAAGAUUUAUUAUUAAUUGUUAAAGAAUAUUCAAUAGAUAAAUCAGAUAUAUCAAUAUUAGAUUUAAUUAAUGAACCAUUAAAACAAAUUUCAAAUCAACAAUUAAAACAUCUUGUUCAAAUGGGUCUUAGUUAUACAGAACUUCAUGAAGGUUCAGAUUUAAAUGAACUUUCAUGUAAAUAUUAUGGAAAAGGUGAAGGUUAUCUUCAAUCAUAUGAUUUAUCUAUUAAUAAUGGUUUAGGAUUAUUAGUUAAAGAAAUAGCCUCAAAAUAUAGUCUUCCGAUUAAAUUAAAUUCAAUUGUUAGUAAUAUUGAUAUAUUAAAUGAAUAUGAUGAAAUUGUUCAAGUUUCAACAAAAGAUAAUAAAUCAUAUUUAUGUAAAUAUGUUAUUUUAACAAUUCCACUUGGUUGUUUAAAAUCAAAUUCAAUUGUUUUUUCUCCAUCAUUACCAAAAUGGAAAGAAGAAGCUAUUCAUAAAAUGGGUUUUUCUUUACUUAAUAAAGUUUAUCUUCAAUUUUCAGAGAUUUUUUGGGAUAAAAAUUUAAAAAGAAUUAAUAUUCUUAAUGAUCAAUUUCAAUUUUAUUAUUGUUUACCUAAAUAUCGUAUUUUAGCAUUAUAUUUAUAUGGAAAUUUAGCUAGACAAAUAGAACAAAAAACAGAUGAAGAUAUUGUAAAAGAAAUAUUUAAUUCUCUUCGUCAUAUUUAUCCAAAUAUAUCUUAUCCAAUAAAAUGGUUAAUAACACGAUGGAGAUCUGAUCCAUUUUCUCAAGGUUCAUAUUCAAGUUUUCAUCUUGGAAGUAAUUUAGAAACUUUAAAAGAAUUAUCUCUUGAGACACAUGAUGGUCGUAUACAUUGGGCAGGUGAACAUACCAAUUAUAAUGGAUCUAUUGGUUAUGUUGAUAGUGGAUUUGAAAGUGGAAUGCGUGAAGCUAAGAAAAUUCUCAACAAACUUCAACCAUUCACAUAA